AUGACCUUUCAUUUUCUCAAACAGUUUCAACACCACCAACUCCACCUUCAAAAGCAAAAAAGUUAAGGCCAAAUUUUAUAAACUAUACAGAGUUGCAUUUUAGAAACAGAGGAUUUGCUAUAAUUAUUAAUAAAACGGUCACAAACUCAAAGGAUAAAAAAAAAAGCAAAGUAUGGAGCGUAAGUUCGUGUGGAGACAGGAAAACAAAGUGAUUCAUAAAAAGCAGAAUGUUAAUUGCGUUAUGGAAUUUCAUCAUGGUCCAUCUUCCCCCAUAUAAAAAUUGCUUAAAUUCCCAUUUGGUAUGUUGCUGCUUUCUUCUGGUCAAAUUUUUCUUCAAGAAACGUUCACACACUUUUUUCAAAACAGGGGAUCCACUUUGUUAGAAAAGAAAACAUAAAAUUUAUUGCUACAAUUGUGCGAUCAAUCAAGAACAAUUAUUUAUCCAAAAGGGAGUUUUUUUUUUUUUUUUUUGUUUCUUCUUCCUUCAUUGCCAAUAUGAUUUUGAGAGCUACCUUAUCAAACACCAAGAAAUUCUUCCAGAAAAGCGUUGAGAAUUUCAAGUCAUUUCUUUCCGGGGGAUACCAAAGGCUUCCCAAGAGUUCUCCAUGUCAUUCCUUCCCCUGCGGCGGCGGUGCCGGCGGUGCCGGAGGUGGGAGCAUUCAUGAUCAUCAUCAUCAAGUCAAGUACAGCAGAACCUACGAAGAACUGGGCAAAUUCAAAACAGAGUGUUUGAAUGAUCAACAAGCUAACAAGCUGGGAUCAAGAACAGCAAGUAAGAAGAAAGACGCAUUCAAAGCGGCUGAAAUUCAUCAAGCUGAUCAGAGUAAAGAGAAUCAAAGGAAGAAGAAGAUUGUGUAUGAAGGCAAGAGAUUUUACCAAGAUUAUGCAAGACCCACAAACAGAAUGCUGAAAGAAAAGGAAAAGAGCACUUAUUUGGUGGCUAAAAAGCUCAAGGAUUUGGAAAUGCUGGACAAUGGGAACGUGGAACAUGUGUUGGACAUUGAAGAAGUUCUCCAUUACUAUUCCCGGUUGACUCUUCCUGCCUAUGUUGACAUUGUUGAUCAGUUCUUCACGGACAUGUAUUCAGAGCUGUUGAAUGGGCAAUCAUCAACGGUAACCUCAAAGCUUAAGAGUUCAUCCAGGCCAAUGCUUCAAAGGUUUGGCUUCUGAUUAAUCAGGGGAAAAUGAUGAAACUGAGCUUCAUUCAGCUAAUUCAUUAGUCCAGCCUUUGCUUUUGAUUAACAGUUUGUAAUUCCGAGUUUUCUUGAAUUACUUGAUCAACUGAAUGUGAAAUCAUGGGUUUUGAGCUCUUUCUUGUGACUUGUGAGCUUAGCAGUCUCAUUCUGGAUUUCAAAGUCAUUUUCAUAUCUAUUAUUUGGUGUACUGUAGCCUGAUCAAGCUUCCUGCGGUGGAAUGCUAAAUUGUAGCUGUUCAUUCCUACAUACGAUGUAAUAAUGUCUGGUACAGAAAUUACUUUGUUCAUGCUUGCUCUGAGCAUUGUGGCUUUAAUUUGUGCUUUAUACCUCAACAAUUUUCUUGUUCAAGUUCGAAAUGGUUACGCCCAUACUAUUAUUUAUUACAUUUUGUAUUGUUCCAAUUUUAUCGGAUGUUUGCGGAAAGGAUUAAUCUUUGCCAAUAUUUCUGAGCAAAACAGACUCUGAUGUUACUAGGUCUUUCUGAUGCUACCAUGGCUUAACCAUAACUCUCUCCAUACAUCUGAUUCUGAAAAUCGGACUAGAUUCCUUGAAGAUUGUAAUGCAU